AUGGACGGCCCUCCUCCACCGCCUCCUCCGCAUGGAGCCAACCCAAGGAGUGAUACAGGGCCUGGCGAUGGCAGCAGGUACCGGAAAUCCACAGAUUUACCUGAGGGCUCCUACGAUAUAUUUAUUAUCCCACCUCACUCGGCUGGCGGUGGCUUUCUAUACCUUCCGUCCCUCCAAUGCCAUACAAACAGUUUUUUGGCGGGAGUUGCAGUAACAUUACUCGGUGUAUACUUUUAUUUCAACGCCUUGCCUACCUUAAAGACCUGGUGUGCAACUGUCGUGGCUCGCGGUGGGAUGGGUGUAUUCCUGCUUGCCUUUGGAAUUGGCAUUGUCAGCUGGGCCAUUGGUAAGGCGCAGGCAGAAGGUGUCUUCCGUCAGCGGUCUCGCCCAAAGCCUGCUGCUUCAAGCAAUGGAAGUACCUCCCGUGGCCCUCCGCCCGGCCCUCCUCCAGGUGCUCCUCCGCCAGGUGGACAUGGCCCUCCACCUCCUGGCGGAGCGGGCCCUGGGCCUGGAGCGGGUGGUGGCUCAUAUCAGAACUACGGUGGACACUACGCUGGUGCUGGAUUCCCUCCUCCGCCUAAUCCAGGGGCUGGGUUCCCUGGAGGAGGAGGAGGAGGAGGGCCGUAUCCGGGAGGUGGUCCAUAUCCAGGUGCUGGCCCCCAGUACCCGGGAGGGCAUCAGUAUAACAGAAGUAGCUAUCCAGGGAGCCGCCAGAGCUAUGGUAGCUAUGACUCUCCGCCGUCUCCAGAACCACAUAGGCGUGACCCUCCGCGCUCCGAAUCCCCGGGGCCUCCCCCACCACCAAGACGUGAGGCACCAAGGCCUGAGUCUCCACCACCUCCACCGCGAAAGCAUGCACCGCGUAGGUCUGAGACGCCCAAACCCGACCCUGAGCCCAAACAGCCUGAGCCAAAGCCUGAACCCCCUAAACCCGAGCCUCCUAAACCUGAGCCUCCCAAACAAGAGGAACCAAAACCUGAGCCUCCAAAACAAGAGGAACUAAAGCCAGAGGAGCCAAAAGCAAAGCCACCACAACCUGAAGAGCCAAAGCCAGAGGCUCCAGCACCUGAGCCACCAAAGAAGGAAGAGCCCAAGCCUGAAGAGCCUAAGCCUGAGCCUCCAAAGAAGGAAGAACCUAAACCUGAACCACCGAAACCUGAGAUUCCAAAGCCUGAGGUUAAGCCUGAACCCCCCAAACCUGCGGAAUCUGCACCCCAACCUGAGCCUCCAAAGCCAGAAGCUCCUAAAGUUCCAAUGGUAGACCCAAAGAUAGCCGAGUGGGAGAAAGCCCGGGAAGAAACAAGAAGGCGAGAGGAGCUGAAGAGGAAGAUGGAUGAGAUAAAACGUAAGCGGGCGGAAGCAGAACGCAAGAAAAAGGAGGAAGAGGAGAAGAAGGCCCGCGAGGAACAAGAAAAGCGUGAUAAGGAGAACCGGGAACGAGAAUAUCGUUUGUGGAAGGAGAAGAGAGCCAAGGAGAAGGCUGCCAAAGAGGCUGCCGAGCGAGAGGCCAAAGCCGCGCAGGAAGCAGCGGAGAAGGAGGCCGCAGAGAAGGCAGCAAAGGAGAAGGCCAGACAAGAGGCUGCUGCAAGGUACGCGGCGGCAAAAGAAGCGGCGGCAGCCAAACGAGCAGCAGCAGCUGCUGCUGCUUCUACUGCUGCACCUUCUCCUGCUCCUUCAGUCGCUCCAUCGGUCUCAUCCGGCACAAAACUAUCGUCAACCACAAAACCCUCUCCUGUCAAACCAAAGUCUCAAGCGCCCUCUCCAGAAAAGAGAUCACCGUCUCCAGAAAAGAAGCCUGCAUCUCCAGAGAAGCGGCCGGCUCCGAAACCUGCACGAGAAAGGCCUCCUUUCCCCUCCGUCAAGACGGCAACAACCGAGACAGAAGACGAUGCAUACUCGUUUCGUCCCUAUGACCGGCCGAGAUCCACCACCAGCAGGCCGAGUCAGGCGCCAUCGGUUAUGUCAGAGUCAACUUAUGCUCAUUCUCAGUCAACAGCGAACACCACGCCUCCCCCGUCUCAACGUGGGCCAUAUAUGACCAAGAACCCCGACAAGAUUGUCAUCCACGGUGUAUACACCUUUAACAACGCAUUCAUGAGAACUCCCAUCGCUCAACUGGUAUCUGGAGUAGGCUCAGUCACGGAUGGGCUUAUUCUGCGAAUGACAACAGAAGGCAUGUUUGUUGAUGAUGACGUCAGAGGUGUGGCUCAGAGAGAAUGGGAUAUCAAGGCUUGGACUAUGAAACUAGUAGAGACAGCAGAAUCACGCGGCUUGCAUAUCAUCAGAACCAGCAUCAGAGACCAAGAAGGUAAAAAGUUCAUCUUCGUCCUUGAUGAGAGCGAGGCGUGGAAGGUCGCUCUUGGUCUUAAACGCUUGAGAAAAGGCAGCCAGGUCCGCGCUUUGGGUGUAUGCGGACUGCCAGCCAAUGAAGCCGCUUCUAUUCUCGGGAAUCUAGGCUAUUGA